AUGUCGGUGGCAACGACGCCGACGGCGGCGGAAGCUCCGGCUCUGGAUGAACGCGACCUGGAGCCUCGAACACCGAUGAAACGACUCGGCUCUACUCGAAAGCUCGCCGCUUUCAGCAGCGUAGUGCCAAUAGAGGCUGGUACGAAGUGUAGCGUAAGCAAGAGCCGCGCAGGCGACGCGACGUGGGAGACGGAACCGUGGUCGGCGGGUGCGCGCUGCCGCGGCUAUUUG